UCCAACGGUCAUCUCACUCUUCAUCCAACAACCGAGCAGGACCAUGAAGACUAUCGUAUUUAUCAACUUGGCCGUUUUGGCAGUUGGCUCUUUCGCAGCUCAGCUCACGUCGUAUCUUCCUCCAAGGGGCUCCUCGGGCUCUGGAGCCGGUUUCGUUUCGGCUCCUCAUUUUGGAAGCGGCGGUGGAAGCUUUUCUGGAGGCGCAGGCCAUUUUUCAGGAGGUUCCGGUGGCUUUUCCGGAGGAGCCGGCGGUUUCGGAGGUGCGGGUGCUGGUGGAUUCCGAGGUCCGUCCGGUCCCGUCAUCCCAAUCCUGUCAUACCAAAACAACCCCAACCAUGGAGAUGGAUCUUACUCUUAUAGCUACGAGACCGGCAACGGAAUCAAGGCCCAAGAGAGCGGCCAUCAAACCGGCCCCGAAUCCCAAGCAGCCCAAGGGUCUUAUACUUACACCGGCCCCGACGGACAGACGUACACCGUAACUUACACCGCGGACGAGAACGGUUUCCAGGCCCAAGGAGCUCAUCUUCCGACUCCUCCUCCGAUCCCAGAAGCAAUCCUUAAGUCCCUUCAGGCCCAAGGGAUCUCCGGAUACCCGGGAGUCGGCGGAUUCCCAGCCCCUGGCGGAUUCCCAGGCUCUAGGCCUUCACCGUCUUACUCCCAAUCAUCUGGAUACCAUUAUUAAUUUGCUUUUUAUUAUUUACCAACGAAAAUACGCUUUGCAAACUGCUCGGGACGUGCCAACGCUUGAGUGUGAUAUAGUAUGUAAAUAAGAGUCUUAUAAUUUUGUAUACGAGUUUUGCAUUAUUUAGUUUUCUUUGACAUAUGGAAUAAAGCAUUUAAAACACGUA